AUGCACCCCGAGAUUAUGACCCGCGACGCGGCCCUUGAGGCCCAGCAGGAGGUCAAGGCCAAGGCCAGUGCCCAGGGCACGGCCAAGGCCAAGGCCUCCACCUGGGAGCAGGAGGGCAAGAAGGGCGGUGGCCCGUCGGCCACGCCGCUUCCGCGCGAGGCCAUGCGCUACGCCCCGGGAGGCCUUCCGCUACCGGCCUCCUCCGAAUCGGUCAGCUACGUCACCGACGAGCUCUCAUCCGAUGAGGAAGACGAAAACGAGACUGACCAGAUGACUGCCGACCACACUUCUUCAUCGUCGUCUUCGUCGUCUUCGACGACAUCAGCAACCCCUGCUCCUGCUCCAGCGGGUCCUGUCGAUCCGCUCGUGGAACUCCUGGCCUCGCCCUCCGAUGACGUGCAAUCCCGAUUCGAGGGCCUGCUGUCGAUCUACUACGAGAUCCUGGAGCACGCCAUCACCUUCCUCGCGUCGCCCGACGACAGCGAAAUGGACAAAGACGACGACGAGGGAAGAAGCGCGACCAGGAAGAAGGCGGCCAAGGCCAAGGCGGAAGCGCGCUCGUGGGCUUCGCUCAACUACGAGGCGCUGGGCAACAUCAAGAAAAUGCUCUCCGACGUGUUCGAGACGGUCCUCGACUUCGUGAAGGACGUUCAGCAGGAGCGAGAGCAGGCGCAGAAGAAGGUUGCGAAGGCGACCGUCGGGGCCGACGCGAAGGGCAAGACCAAGGAGACCGCUCAGCAGCAGCAGCACCCGAAGAGCGAAGAAGCGGGCACCGUGCGGCUGACGCUCGAGGACCUGGAGAACAUGGACCUCGCUGCCACUGCCCCGGUGCACGGCGAAGAGGCGGACAAGAUGGAUGUGGUCCGCGAAGGCGCGUCGAGCAAGCCCGGCGGAGACCAGGUGCAAGCGACGGACCUGGUGGUGGUGGCCACCAUGCGCCUGCUGGGGCUCUGGAUCAGCCACGACACCGAGACGCUUAAGGACAGCCUGAUGCGGGUUCUCCCCUUCCUCGUCAACCUCAAGACCGACAGGGCGCGAGUGGGUGUAGACCCGUUCUCCUUCCUCCUGCCCGGACUGGUGCCGCUCACGCAGGAAGACGACGCCCGAGACAAGUUCAUCGAUGCCGACGGCCACAUCAGGCUUCUGGCGUUUAUGGGCGAGGAGGUCGCGACCCAGAGGAGCAACCAGAGCGCGCACAAGGUGGAGAACUACGGUCCCCUGGUCUCGUGCCUGGGCACGCUUCUCAACCUGGUCUGCCUCGAGGAGGGCCUCCUGAACCACCGCGACCCGGCGACGUUUGUGUGCUACCUGCCGGUCCUGUCGGAUAUCGCGCAGCUGGUGGACAUCACCGCACCGCCGGCCGACACACACGACACGGAGAAGGCGCUGGUGCUGGCCCACGCGCUGGUCGCGGCCUUCUUCAUCCUCAAGUUCCACACGCCCGGUUCGUUGGCGCACCACUGGGCCGAGCUCGGGCCGGAGCUGCGAAAGCGGGGCGUGCCAACGACGACGAGCGAGACGUGGGGCGUGUCGCGACUCCUCGAUCUUCUGGUGGACGACUACUUCAAGCUCUUCGUGCUGUGCCACCGCGACGAGUCUCUCUGGAACGAGAUUUCUGAACUGUGGUUCAUGGCAACCGAAGCGCUGCGGUCCGGCCUGAAGACACACCCGGAACUGGGGGCCAAGGCGAAAGCGAGCCAGUGGCUGCCCAAGGCGAUGGCCAGCGCGACCAAGGGCGGACACGCACAUGCCGCCCUGCGAAGCGUCAUCGAGCCCGUCUAG